AUGGUUGCUUAUAUUGAUAUCCCCACCGACGCAGCCCGCGUCUUCACCGUCCUCUCAGCAGGCGGGAUAGGCAUCAUCCCCUCGAGCGUCGGCUACGGGAUCGUAGCCACGGAGGCUCCCGCACUGCAGCGCAUCUACACCGUCAAACGACGCCAGCCGCAUAAGCGCCACGCUAUCAUAGGCAGCUACGCCCUGCACCGCGAGAUCCAUGUCCUCCCGUCUGAUAAAAUGGAUCUCGUGCGCCUGCUGACCGUGGAUCUCAACCUCCCGCUUGGUGUGAUUGCCCCGUAUAGACGGAAUCACCCGUUAAUUGCGAGACUAGACGAAGAAACGCUAGCGGUGAGUUCGAGGCAUGGCACGAUGGCCAUGCUUGUCAACGGAGGCCCGUUCCAGGAGGAGCUGGUACGGGUGGCUGCUGCAGCGGGGAGGGCGGUGCUAGGCUCGAGUGCGAAUCUCACCGGGCAAGGGACGAAGACGGUGGUGGAGGAUAUUGAGCCAGAGAUUCAAGAGGCAGCGGAUAUUGUGGUUGAUUAUGGACGGGUGAGGGAUGGCUGGCCGCGGGCGAGCUCGACCAUGGUGGAUUUUGAGGCGAUGCGGGUGGUGCGCGUUGGGGCUUGUUAUGAGGUUAUUCGCGAUGUGGUUGCCAGGUUUGCUGGUGUGCGAUGGCCGGAUCCAAGCGUCAGAUGA